CCUUUUGUGAAGUAUUUAAUGUGCCAUUAAUGGCGAUUGUUUCCACGGUCAUCUUGAUUCGACGUAUGAUCCAUCGACCCGUUUGUGGGUUUCGUCGAAUUCCCUCUCAUCUGGUCGGAUCGCCAGGCCCAAUACCAGUCCGUUCGUUUCGCGCCGUUGCUUCUGGCGUUGCUGCUUCCUUCCAUCUUCAAGCCAAACACUGAAGACUGCGUCCAUAAAACACUCAGGCCCUUCUCACGAGGAGGAUGCAAUCUUCUGGAUCGAAUACUAACCAUGUGAUGUCUGAAAUGGCGACUAUUCACAACGAAGGGCCCAGAGAAAUUGAGAACUUCGAUAAGGAAGAAGAAGCACAAGAGGUUCGAGCUGAGCCAGAGGACUUAACCAGAAUAGCUCCAUGGAGAAAACAGAUUACGGUACGAGGACUUAUAGCAAGCUCAGUGGUUGGAAUAAUUUACAGUGUGAUAGCGACGAAGCUGAAUCUUACAACCGGACUCGUCCCAAACCUCAAUGUCUCAGCUGCUCUGUUAGGCUUUGUUUUCAUUCGAGGUUGGACCAAGCUUCUCGAGAAGGCCAAGAUAGUUUCAACACCUUUCACCAGACAAGAGAACACUAUAAUUCAGACUUGUGCAGUUGCAUGCUACAGCAUUGCAGUAGGAGGUGGUUUUGGGUCGUACCUAUUGGGGUUGAAUAGGAAGACGUAUGAGCAAGUAGGGGUUGAUACAGAAGGGAACACUCCUGGGAGCACCAAGGAGCCUGGACUCGGUUGGAUGACAGGUUUUCUCUUUGUCACCAGCUUUGUUGGGCUCUUUGCUCUGGUUCCUCUUAGAAAGAUCAUGAUCAUAGACUACAAAUUAACAUACCCAAGUGGAACUGCCACUGCUGUUCUUAUCAACAAUUUCCAUACUCCUAAAGGAGAUGGAGAGGCCAAGAAGCAGGUUCGAGGUUUCAUGAAGUUCUUUUCGUUCAGUUUCAUCUGGGCUUUCUUUCAGUGGUUUUAUACUGGUGGGGAUACAUGCGGAUUCGUGCAGUUUCCUACUUUUGGAUUGCAGGCCUGGAAGAACUCAUUUUACUUCGAUUUCAGUAUGACUUACGUUGGAGCAGGAAUGAUUUGUUCUCAUCUGGUGAACUUAUCGUUGCUUCUUGGUGCUGUGCUUUCGUAUGGGAUUAUGUGGCCCUUGAUCAAGGGACUCAAAGGGGAAUGGUACCCUGCAAGUUUAUCAGAGAGCAGCAUGAAGAGUCUAAACGGAUACAAGGUUUUUAUUUCAAUUUCAUUGAUACUCGGUGAUGGUCUUUACAAUUUUGCCAAGAUUCUCUACUUCAAUGCUAAAAAUAUCUAUACCAGAAUGAGAAGCAGAAACCUUCAAGUUUGUUCGGACAAUCACCGAACACAGCCACGGAAUGAUCUGAAACGAAACGAAGUGUUCUUGAGAGAAAGCAUUCCGAUGUGGGUGGCCUGCGCCGGAUACCUAUUCUUCGCUGUAAUCUCCACCAUCGCCGUCCCUCUCAUGUUCCCUCAGCUGAAGUGGUACUUCGUAAUUGUCGCCUAUCUCCUCGCCCCUGCUCUCGGCUUCUGUAACGCUUACGGCGCCGGCUUAACCGACAUCAACAUGGCCUACAACUACGGCAAGGUCGCUCUCUUCAUUCUCGCGGCCAUGUCCGGCAAAAAACGGACGGCGUCGUCGGGGCUCAUCGGCUGCGGCCUCAUCAAAUCAAUGGUCUCCAUAUCAUCAGAUCUAAUGCACGACUUCAAAACCGGACACCUUACCUUCACUUCUCCUCGAUCAAUGCUCCUGACACAAGCCAUAGGCACAUCCAUCGGAUGUGUGGUGGCUCCUAUGUCUUUCUUCCUGUUUUACAAGGCCUUUGACGUGGGGAAUCCGGACGGUGAAUACAAAGCACCAUAUGCUCUUAUAUACAGAAACAUGGCGAUUCUUGGAGUUGAGGGCUUCUCUGCGUUGCCACACCAUUGCUUGGAGCUGUGUUACGGGUUCUUCGCGUUCGCCGUGGCGGCCAAUUUGGUGAGGGAUGUUAGCCCUAAGAGGGUGGGGCGAUGGGCGCCGCUUCCGAUGGCGAUGGCAGUGCCGUUUCUGGUGGGGGGUUACUUUGCGAUAGACAUGUGUGUGGGGAGUGCAGUGGUGUAUGCGUGGCACAAGAUGAACAGUAAAGAGGCAAGUCUGAUGGUACCGGCGGCGGCGUCGGGUUUGAUUUGUGGGGAUGGGUUGUGGAUUUUGCCUUCUUCGAUUUUGGCCCUGGCUAAAGUUCGUCCUCCGAUAUGCAUGAGCUUUUCUCGAGGCAGCUAACUAGCGAAGUAAUAGUAAUUAAAUUCCAGUUUCACUGGAAACCUUGUACACGUAGCUGUGGUUUGUACCCUGCAUGCUAUGCCUAUAGCUUAACCCAUAUCUAAGAGGGAUGUGUUUUUGGCCCAAAAUAAUGCAGAUCAUAGGUGUUUGUAAAGAUUUUUGGUUAGUAACAUUUUAGACGAACAUCCA